AUGGGCUCAUCAGCAUCCAAACCCGCCUCGCGCGUUGCAAAUGCUGCAUCCAAAGCAACCCGCCAAUACCCAUCCCGCCCAUCACCAGCGACCUCGACACAAGCACCACCCGCACGCACAUCAAACGCCCCAUCCCAGCCCCCGCCGCCACCGGCCGCGAACCGCCAGCCAGGUCCCACAGUCCACCCACAAGCCCGCGCGAGUGGUCAGCGUAGUGAAGAAAUCAACCUCGAUGCCUCGGAUCCAGACUUUGCCCGCUCGCUGCGUCAACUAGGUGCCGUACAGCCUAAUCCUACCCUCUCGCCUUCAUCGACUUUUGCUGCACACCCAAGCUCUCACUUCCCAAAUCCAUAUGGCCAACAAGGCAAAAACACAACAGCGCCUCCACAGCGACUAAACCCAGCGCUUCGUGUGUUGCAAGCUCGUGCUGAGUUGGCAGGCGAAGCUGAAAGAGAGUUCUUGGAGGCUGGAAAGAGAGGAAGUGCUGGCAGGAGGUUCUUGGAUGUGGGCACUCUGAGAAACAUCAUCACUCUGAGGGACCAGAGGAAUAUGGAUGCUGCCGAGAUCGAAAGAACUCUAGGCUUGAGGAGUGGCACCGUGGCAAAGCUGGGUCCCAAGGGAGUUGUUGGUGUUGAGGGUAUUCAGGACAACUGA